CAUUCUGUGAAAAUGCUUAAAAACUUUUGUCGAGUUGGGAAAUACUACCCAAGAAAGUUGCUGAUGGAUCCUUGCAGUAAUGCCACAACCAUUCUCAUUUACAACGGGAAGGGAAGCGGGGCGGAGAGUGCCUACUUGCUUCUCGAAGCGCUGCGUCAGUCUCUCAAGAAGGGGCGCUAUGACAUAAGAUACGUGUCCCCCAAGGAGAUUAUUGAAGGCUCAUGGGUUGCCAGAUGUCGCCUUAUUGCGUUUGGAGGAGGUUACGACAGAGGCUUUAUCCAAGCUUUGGGGACUGAGGGCACGAGAAACAUCAAGGAGUUUGUGCAGAAUGGCGGCUCUUACCUGGGCCUUUGUGCGGGAGCGUACUUCGCGUGUGAUUACAUCGAGUUUGACAAGAAUGGGCCUCUGGAGGUGGUCGGAAAACGGGAUUUGAAUUUUUAUCCAGGAGACAGUAUUGGACCGGCGUUCAGCGGCUUCUGCUACAACUCCAAAAAGGGCGUGCAUCCCGUCCCCAUCAAGUACAAAGAGAUGGAACCUUUCGACGCCUACAUGCAGGGUGGGGGCUAUUUUCAACCGCGCAUCGAGCACCCACGAUCUCUUCAGGUGGAAGAUUUGGGACAGUACUUGACGUUACCCAACCAGCCAGCCGCUGUGGUCAAGUGCCGGGUGGGGAAAGGAUCGGCCGUUCUCUCGGGUGUUCACCUGGAAUACACGGCCAGACUUUUAAAGAAAGAUGACCCUGACCUUCAGAAGUUGAUCCCUCGGUUUCUGCACAGCGACCGCUCGAGGGAUACCGUUUUCAGAGACCUUUUGAAAGAACUGGGACUGGAGUGCCAAUCUCCUGACCCGUGCGCCAUCAGCUGGACCGAGACUGGAGAUUUCAUGCACUUCCCAGCGACAAUCUGAGAAAAACGAAUGCGUAUACGCAAGCAUUGUGGAAGUUCUUCAAUGCACUCCACUGCCUGACUAAGAAAAGCAAAGGGAGCUAAGAGAUUUCAUGCAUUUCCCAGAGAUGAUGUGGGAAAAACGAAUGGUAUACGCAAGCAUUGUGGAGGUUCUUCAAUGCUCUCGGGGUUUGUUUUUUAAAAUUUCUUCUGCUUGCUCAUUCCACUGCCUGCUGAAGAAAAGCAAUUUCUCACAUCAUCGAUAAUGUGAGAAAAAUUAAUGGUAUACUCGCAAGCAAUGCAGAAGUUCUUCACUGCUCUCGUUUGUUUUUAAAUAAAUUUUUUCUGCUUGCUGACUCCGCUGCCUUAGAAAAGGAUACACUUUUUUUUUUCUGUGAAAAGUGUUGUUGGUCUUUUGAUAUGUGAUUUAUCAUGCAAGGUGCCUUUGUUAAUAUCAUGGGAACUAGUGCCCACAGUUAGUGAUGAAAAGAAUACCAUUACUGUUAUACAGUCAAAAGUGUCCGAGACAUCCACCUGUUGUCAAGGAGAAGAGUGGACUUUUUAGACAGGUGGCUGUAUUAUUAGGCUGUGUCAUAUCAAUGCAAAAAGAAUGUGGUGGGGG